GGAAAAUACACCAAACCAGCUUCCCAGUCUUUGGCUCAACUCUGCUGUUUACGGUACGGCUGUAUACAGGACCUCAGCUUUUCACCGUGUACAAGGCAGCACUCUUCCCGUAUAAGUAUCCCCCAUCAUACCACAGCCCCAGAAUGCUUGGCUUGUUCGAAAAGAAAGAAGAAAUCGUGACUCCGGCUAUAGGGCAAAACGAUCUCCAGGAGAUGGUCUCGAUUUUUGCAGAGGCGUCUGCCGACGUCUCCACCGCAGCGCAACCGAAUCCCAAGUUCAACCCUUUCAAAGGUAGCAGUGCCCCAACGCCAGAACAGAUCGGUUCAGAUACAUCACUCUCGCAGUAUCCACAUGUGAUGUCGUGUACACAGGCAUUUGACCUCUUGGUGGGCUGCUUCUCGCUCGGCGGGCAGAUUAAGAGCUACUAUCGGUACGGGACUCUAGCCAACUGCGAGGACCAGUUGACCAAAUUCAAAUUUUGUAUUUCCAACUCUACAAAGUCCGGUGCUGAGAAAGAACAGGGUAUUUCGCAGUGGUACAAGGAAUCGUGGGCACAGAAGAAGGCCAGCGGUAGCAGUGAAGACGUGUGGGAUGCCAAAAAGUAGCUGGUACGGCUCGUGUAUAUAGGAAUGGUUACGUUUGUGCAUGGAUUUUACUGCGUAGAGAAAGGCUUGGUGUCUGCUGGACGUGGAAAAUGACAGAUCCAGGCUCCUGGGGGACCAAGAAGCUUCCACCGCGGGGUUUAGUUUGUGACCUAAGAUAUAUGUAAGACCUGUUGAUGGCUGCUUGAGCAUGCUUUAACAAUUUCAAUCAUUGAGUUAUUUUUGUUGCCGAACCGUGGAAUAAACCGGUGACAGUGAUGUUUAAUAGGAAGGGUUGUACGGUUGUGUUUGGUUUAUCAAUUUUAGUACUCUAGGUUAGACAUAUUCCAGCCCGUCAAUAUUCAACAGCUUUGCGAG